AUGACCGUGGACGCAGCGGCCAAGGCCGCCAAGGCCGACGACCAGAACAUGCUGGAUGCAGUGCACGCGGUGGUGUAUGGCCACAUGUCGAUCCGCCACGCGACCAAGAAGUACGCGGUCGUGCGCAGCACCUUGCAGCGCCGCGUGCAUGCGAUGACGAGCAAGGACGCGUCGCCCAAGACCGAGAGCGAGGACCCGGCGCCGCCGCCGACGAUGGCAUUGCCAGCAGUCCCCGAAGUCGUCAAGGGCCCCUACAAGGUCAUCAACUGCAAGGUGCGCACGAUGCAGACAGCGGCCUCGAGCGCCAUUGACGAGCUCAGCAACGAAAUGGUGCGCGCUGGCCGACCCGUCUUCAAGCUCGGCCUUGGGCAGUCGCCGUUUCCCGUGCCCGACUGCAUCGUCGACGAGCUCAAGGCCAAUGCGCACCAGCGCGACUACUUGCCCGUGGCCGGGCUCGCCGAACUGCGCGAGGACAUCGCCACGUGGGCCACCGAGACGCUCAAGCUUCCAUACUCCAAGGACGAUGUCCUCGUCGGACCAGGAACGAAGGAGCUACUGUUUGUGCUCCAGACUGUCUACUAUGGCGAUCUCCUCCUUCCGAGUCCGAGCUGCACGAGUUAUGCGCCCCAAGCCAACAUUGCUGGCCGAAACAUGAUUUGGCUGCCGACAUACGCCGAAGACCGCUGGGUGCUCCGCCCGUCGGUCUUGGAGGCCCAGUGCGCCAUGGACCCUUAUGCACCGCGUAUUCUCAUCCUCAACUCGCCGUCCAACCCGACCGGCUGCUCGUACUCGGACUCUGAUUUGCAAGCCAUUGCGGUGCUGGCUAAGAAGUACCGGAUGCUGGUCGUCUCGGACGAGAUCUACUCGGACCUGACGUACGAGCCGCACAUUUCCAUCUCCAAGUACUACCCGGAAGGUACGAUCGUGUCGGGCGGCUUGAGCAAAUGGUGCGGCGCCGGCGGGUGGCGCGUGGGCUUUUGGCUCUUUAGCGCGAGCCUCAAUUGGCUUCGCCAGAGCAUGCUCGUCAUGGCCUCCGAGACGUACACGUCGGUCGCGUCACCGAUCCAAUACGCGGCGCGGCGCGCUUUCGUGCCCAACUGCCCCGAGCUCAGCGCGUACAAGCAAAAGUGCCGCCGCACGCUGCAGCUCGUGGCCGAGUGGUGCACGUACCAGCUCCUCAAGAUGAACAUCCUCGUGCACCCGCCUCAAGGCGGCUUCCACGUCUUCCCGUGCUUCCGCAACUAUCGACAGAAGCUCGCCGCGCGCAACAUCGUCACAGACGUCGAGAUGUGUGAGCGCCUCUUGGCCGACACGGGGGUUGCGAUUUUGCCCGGCUCGUACUUUGGCCGCGCGGCCCAUGAGCUCUAUGCUCGGAUUGCUUUUGUGGACUUUAAGGGCGAAAUCGCCAUGUACGUCAUUGGCAGCGAGGGCGAGUAUGGGGUCAACGACCGCGAAGGCUUUAUCCGCUCCGUGUGCCCCAACCUAUGGACUGCCAUGGAACUGCUAUCCAAGUGGCUUCAGGCCGAGUAG